UUCCUUUCGGGACCCUCGUCCGGGCUCCUCGGGACCGACCCCCCCCCCCCCAAAGGUCCCGCUGUCAUGGCCGCCUGGGCCCGGUUCCUGCUGGGCGGGGUCUACUUCCUGCCGCUGCUGUCCGUCUGCCCGGCGAGCCAGGAAGGGAUCUCGUCCCCCGGACCCGAGAGGCAGCCGCCCUCCAGCCGUGUGCGGCGCCGGGGACACGAGACCCUCCGCGGGCCGAACGUGUGUGGGUCGCGGUUCCACUCGUACUGCUGCCCCGGAUGGAAGACGCUCCCGGGAGGCAACCAGUGCCUCGUCCCCAUCUGCCGGAAUUCCUGCGGAGACGGGUUCUGCUCCCGGCCCAACGUCUGCACUUGUUCCAACGGGAACCUCUCCCCACACUGCGCCGGAGGGGCCGCCCAGCCCUGUGGUGCGCGUUGCAUGAACGGCGGGAGCUGCAGCGAGGAGUCCUGCUUGUGCCAGAAGGGCUUCACCGGCACCCACUGUGGCCAGCCCGUGUGCGAGAGCGGCUGCCAGAACGGGGGGCGCUGUAUCGGGCCCAACCGCUGCGCCUGCGUCUACGGCUUCACGGGGCCGCACUGCGAGAGAGACUACCGGACGGGCCCCUGCUUCGGUCAAGUGGUGCAGCAGAUGUGCCAGGGGCAGUUGAGUGGCAUCGUGUGCACCAAGGCUCUGUGCUGCGCCACCGUGGGCCGCGCCUGGGGCCACCCCUGCGAGAUGUGCCCCCCGCAGCCCCACCCCUGCCGCCGGGGCUUCAUCCCCAACAUACGCACCGGGGCCUGCCAAGACGUGGACGAGUGCCAGGCGGUGCCGGGACUCUGUCAGGGCGGGAGCUGCCUCAACACCGUCGGCUCCUACGAGUGCAAAUGCCCCGCCGGGCACCGGCAGAGCGAGGCCAGCCACAAGUGUGAAGAUGUGGACGAGUGCGCGAGCGGGUCGGCCGGCGGCGGUGGCGGCGCCUGUGACGGCGGGGAGUGCACCAACACAGUCGGCAGCUACGUCUGCGCUUGCCCGCGAGGCUUCAUGACCGGCCCGGAUGGAUCCCGCUGUCUUGACCAGCGGAUGGGGACCUGCUUCUCAGCGCUGAUCGGGGGCCGCUGUGCCGGGGAGCUUCCCGGGCAUUACACCAAGGCGCAAUGUUGUUGUGACUCGGGCCGCUGCUGGGCUGUGGGACAGGCGCCCGAGAUGUGCCCCGUCCGGGGCUCAGAUGAGUUCCGCCGGCUGUGUGUGGAGGGUCUCCCUGCGGCCCCGGGCUUCCCCAUCUCCUCCUUCCCGGGUCUCCUUCCGGGUUUCGGGCCCAACGGAGCGGGACCCGGGGUGUCCAGCGCCUUCCCAGCGGGAUUCGGACCCAAUGGCGCCAACGGGCAAGGCGGACUUCCCGGACUUCCUGGACUCGGGCCUGGAAGCUCCAGCAUCGGCACGGCCACCUUGAACCAGACCAUCGACAUCUGCAAGCACUUCACCAACCUCUGCCUCAACGGGCGCUGCAUCCCCACCCCGUCCAGCUACCGCUGCGAGUGCAACAUGGGCUACAAGCAGGACGUGCGCGGCGAGUGCAUUGACAUGGACGAGUGUUCCAGCAGCCCCUGCCUGCACGGCGACUGUGUGAACACGCCGGGGUCCUACCACUGCAAGUGCCACGAGGGCUUCCAGAGUACCCCCACCAAGCAGGCCUGUAUCGACAUGGACGAGUGCAUCAUGAACGGGGUCAUGUGCCGCAACGGGCGCUGCGUCAACACCGACGGCAGCUUCCAGUGUAUCUGCAACGCCGGCUUUGAGGUCACUCCCGACGGGAAGAACUGCGCCGACCACGACGAGUGCGCCACCACCAACAUGUGCCUCAACGGGAUGUGCAUCAACGAGGACGGCAGCUUCAAGUGCAUCUGCAAGUUGGGGUUCGUCCUGGCCCCCAACGGGCGCUACUGCGUGGACGUGGACGAGUGCGAGACUCCCGGGAUGUGCAUGAACGGCUGGUGCCUGAACACGGAGGGCUCCUUCCGCUGCGAGUGCCUGGGCGGACUGGCCAUCGGGCCCGGGGGCCGCGUCUGCGUCGACACCCACGUCCGCAGCACCUGCUACGGGGCCCUCAAGGAGGGGGCCUGCGCGAGACCCUUCCCCGGCGCCGUCACCAAGUCCGAGUGCUGUUGCGCCAGCCACGAGCACGGCUUCGGGGAGCCCUGCCUGCCCUGCCCCGCCAGGAACGCCGCCGAGUUCCAGGCCUUGUGCAGCAGCGGGAUUGGCAUCACAGCGGACGGGAGAGACAUCAACGAGUGCGCCUUGAACCCGGACAUCUGCCCCAACGGGGUCUGCGAGAACCUGAGGGGCAGCUACCGCUGCAUCUGCAACCUGGGCUACGAGUCCGACCCCUCCGGGAAGGACUGUGUGGACGUGGACGAGUGUGCCGUCAACCGGCUCCUUUGCGACAACGGCUUGUGCCGAAAUACACCCGGAAGCUACAGCUGCAGCUGCCCCAAGGGCUUCGUCUUCCGGACCGAGACUGACACUUGCGAAGACAUCAACGAGUGCAGCUCCAACCCGUGCGUCAAUGGCGUGUGCCGCAACAACGCCGGGUCCUUCGCCUGUGAGUGCUCCCCAGGGAGCAAACUGGACCUCGGCGGUACACUCUGUGUCGACAGCAUGAAGGGCACCUGCUGGUUGCACAUCCAGGAGGGCCGCUGCGAGGUGAACAUCAACGGGGCCACCCUCAAGUCCGAGUGCUGCGCCUCCCUGGGGGCCGCCUGGGGGAGCCCCUGCGAGCGCUGCGAGGCCGACCCCGCCUGCCCAAGGGGCUUCGCCCGGAUGAAGGGGGUCUCCUGCGAAGACGUCAACGAGUGCGAGGUCUUCCCCGGCGUCUGCACCAACGGACUCUGCGUCAACUCGGCCGGAUCCUUCCGCUGCGAGUGCCCCCCCGGACUCAGCCUGGACGCCUCCGGCAGGACCUGCCUGGACGUGCGGCUGGAGCAGUGCUUCCUGCGCUGGGCGGAGGACGAGUGCGUGUCGCCGCUGCCGGGCCGCUUCCGGCUGGACCUGUGCUGCUGCGCGGUGGGCGCCGCCUGGGGCAGCCAGGACUGCGAGGAGUGCCCCGCGCCCGGGAGUCCCCAGCACCGCGCCCUCUGCCCCCGCGGGCCCGGGUUCGCCAACCGCGGGGACCUCCUCUCUGGGAGGCCCUUCUACAAAGACGUGAACGAGUGCAAGGUCUUUCCCAGCCUCUGUGCCCACGGGACCUGCCGGAACACCAUUGGAAGCUUCCGGUGCGUCUGCAGCAGCGGCUUCGCCCUGGACGCCGAGGAGCGGAACUGCACGGACAUCGACGAGUGCCGGAUCUCGCCGGACCUGUGCGGCCACGGCGCCUGCGUCAACACCCCUGGCAGCUUCGAGUGCGAGUGCUUCGAUGGCUAUGAGAGCGGCUUCAUGAUGAUGAAGAACUGCAUGGACGUGGACGAGUGUGAGCGGGACCCGCUGCUCUGCCGAGGAGGAGCCUGUCUCAACACCGAGGGGAGCUUCCAGUGCCUCUGCCCACCCGGGCACGAACUCACCGCCGAAGGCAGCGCCUGUCUGGACAUCAACGAGUGCUCUCUGAGCGACAACCUCUGCCGCAACGGCCACUGCGUCAACGUCAUCGGCGCCUACCAGUGCGCCUGCGACUCCGGCUUCCAGGCCACGCCGGACCGGCAAGGCUGCGUCGACAUCGACGAGUGCACCAUCAUGAACGGCGGCUGCGACACUCACUGCGCCAACUCGGAGGGCAGCUACGAGUGCAGCUGCAGCGAGGGCUACGCGCUGAUGCCGGACAAGCGCUCCUGCACAGACAUCGACGAGUGCGAGGACGACCCGGACGUCUGCGACGGCGGCCAGUGCACCAACAUCCCGGGCGAGUACCGCUGCCUCUGCUUCGACGGCUUCAUGGCUUCCCUGGACAUGAAGAUGUGCAUCGACGUGAACGAGUGCGACUUGAACCCAAACAUCUGCCUUCACGGGGACUGCGAGAACACCAAGGGCUCCUUCAUCUGCCACUGCCAGUUGGGCUACUUCGUCAAGAAGGGCACCACCGGAUGCACAGAUAUUGACGAGUGUGAGGUGGGGGCGCACAACUGCGACCUGCACGCCGCCUGCAUCAACAUCCCCGGGAGUUUCCGCUGCAAGUGCCGCUCCGGGUGGCUCGGGGAUGGACUCAAGUGCAACGACCUGGAUGAAUGCGCCACGGAGGCCCACAGCUGCAACCUGAACGCCAACUGCCUCAACACGCCGGGCUCCUUCCGCUGCGCCUGCCGGGACGGCUUCAACGGGGACGGGUUCUCCUGCUCGGACGUGGAUGAAUGUGCCGACAACGUCAACCUGUGCGAGAACGGGCAGUGCCUCAACGCCCCGGGGGGCUACCGUUGCGAGUGCGAGAUGGGCUUCAACCCCACCCAGGACAGCAAGGCCUGCCAAGACAUCGACGAGUGCACCUUCCAGAACAUCUGCGUCUUCGGCACCUGCCAGAACCUUCCCGGCAUGUUCCGCUGCGCCUGCGACGACGGGUACGAGCUGGACAGGAGCGGAGGAAACUGCACAGACGUCAACGAAUGCGCCGACCCCGUGAACUGCAUCAACGGCCUUUGCGUCAACACCCCGGGGAGCUACCUCUGCAACUGCCCCCAGGACUUCGAGCUGAACCCCACCGGCGUGGGCUGCGUAGACACCCGUGUGGGCAACUGUUUCCUGGAGACGCAGGACCGCGGAGACGGCGGGAUCUCCUGCAGCGCCGAGAUCGGGGUGGGGGUCACCCGGGCCUCCUGCUGCUGCUCCUUGGGACGGGCCUGGGGGAACCCCUGCGAGCUCUGCCCGCCCGCCAACACCACGGAAUACAAGACUCUGUGCCCGGGCGGCGAAGGCUUCCGCCCGAACCCGAUCACCGUCAUAUUGGAAGAUAUCGACGAGUGCCAGGAGCUGCCGGGCCUCUGCCAAGGAGGGAACUGCGUCAACACCUUCGGGAGCUUCCAGUGCGAGUGCCCCUUGGGAUACUACCUGAACGAGGACACACGCAUUUGCGAAGACAUCGACGAGUGCUCCGCUCACAUCGGGAUCUGCGGGCCGGGGACCUGCUACAACACGCUCGGGAACUACACCUGCGUCUGCCCCCCGGAGUACAUGCAGGUCAAUGGGGGCAACAACUGCAUGGACAUGAGGAAGAGCCUGUGCUACCGCAACUACAACGACACCUGCGAGAACGAGCUCUCCUUCAACAUGACCAAGAAGAUGUGCUGCUGCUCCUACAACAUCGGCAAGGCCUGGAACAAGCCCUGCGAGCCGUGUCCCACUCCCGCCAGCGCGGAGUACCAGAUCCUGUGCGGCAACCAGGCGCCCGGGUUCAUCAUCGACAUCCACACCGGGAAGCCCAUCGACAUCGACGAGUGCAGCGAGAUCCCCGCCAUCUGCAGCCACGGCGUCUGCAUCAACCAGAUCGGGAGCUUCCGCUGCGAGUGUCCCAUCGGCUUCAGCUACAACAACAUCCUGCUCAUCUGCGAAGACAUCGACGAGUGCAGCAGCGGGGAGAGCCUCUGCCAGCGCAACGCCGACUGCCUCAACAUCCCCGGGAGCUACCGCUGCGAGUGCGCCACCGGGUACAAGCUCUCGCCCAGCGGGGCCUGCGUGGGCCGCAACGAGUGCCAGGAGAUCCCCAACGUCUGCAGCCACGGAGACUGCGUGGAUACCGAGGGAAGCUUCAUCUGCAUCUGCUUCAACGGGUUCAAAGCCACCGGGGACCUCACCAUGUGCAUGGAUAUCGACGAGUGUGACCGGCAGCCGUGUGGCAACGGCACCUGCAAGAACACGGUGGGCUCCUACAACUGCCUCUGCUUCCCGGGCUUUGAGCUGACCCACAACAACGACUGCAUGGAUGUGGACGAGUGCUCCUCGCUGGCCGGGCAGGUCUGCCGCAACGGGCGGUGCCUCAACAGCGUGGGCUCCUUCCGCUGCCUCUGCCAGGAGGGAUACGAGCACACGCCGGACGGGAAGAACUGCAUGGACGUCAACGAGUGCGUCAGCCUCCCGGGGACGUGUUCUCCGGGGACCUGCCAGAACCUGGAGGGCUCCUUCCGCUGCAUCUGCCCCCCGGGCUACGAGGUCCAGAACGACAACUGCAUCGACAUCAACGAGUGUGAGGAGGAGCCCAACAUCUGCCUCUUCGGCACUUGCACCAACGCCCCCGGAAGCUUCCAGUGCAUCUGCCCGCCGGGCUUCGUCCUCUCCGACAACGGGCGGCGGUGCUUCGACACUCGCCAGAGCUUCUGCUUCACCCGCUUCGACCACGGGAAGUGCUCGGUGCCCAAGGCCUUCAACACCACCAAAGCCCGGUGCUGCUGCAGCAAGAUGCCCGGGGAGGGAUGGGGAGACCCCUGCGAGCUCUGCCCCCAGGAGGGGAACGUCGCCUUCCAGGAGUUGUGUCCGUACGGCCACGGGGCCAUCCCUGGACCGGGAGACACCAGAGAAGACGUCAACGAAUGCUCCGAGAACCCCGGGAUCUGCAUCAACGGGGCCUGCAUCAACACCGACGGGUCUUUCCGCUGCGAGUGCCCCUUCGGAUACAACCUGGACUACACCGGGGUCCAGUGCGUGGACACAGACGAGUGCUCCAUCGGGAACCCCUGCGGGAACGGGACCUGCACCAAUGCUGUCGGCGGCUUCGAGUGCGCCUGCGACGAGGGCUUCGAGCCGGGACCCAUGAUGACCUGCGAAGACAUCAACGAGUGUGCCUUGAACCCGCUGCUGUGCGCCUUCCGCUGCCUCAACACCCUGGGCUCCUACGACUGCACCUGCCCCGCCGGGUACACCUUGCGCCACGACCGCCGGAUGUGCAAAGACCUGGACGAGUGCGCGGAAGGCCUGGACGACUGCGAGGCCCAGGGCAUGAUGUGCAAGAACCUCAUCGGGACCUUCGCCUGCGUCUGCCCACCCGGGAUGCAGCGACGCCCCGACGGAGAAGGAUGCACAGAUGAAAACGAGUGCCGCACGAAGCCCGGGAUCUGCCCCAACGGCCGGUGCGUGAACGCCGUGGGCAGCUACCACUGCGACUGCAACGAGGGAUUCCAGAGCAGCCCCUCCGGCACCGAGUGCCUCGACGUGCGUCGUGGCCUGUGCUUCACGGAGGUGCUGCAGGCGCUGUGCCAGAUGUCGUCCACCAACCGGCAGCCGGCCACCAAGUCCGAGUGCUGCUGCGCGGGCGGGCGGGGAUGGGGACCCCAGUGCGAGCUCUGCCCCUUCCCCGGCACCGCCCCCCACCGCAAGAUGUGCCCCCACGGGACCGGCUCCGCCACCGACGGAAGAGACAUCGACGAGUGCCGGGUGCUGCCGAGCCUCUGCCUCCACGGCCAGUGCAUCAACAGCCUGGGAUCCUUCCGCUGCCACUGCCACGCCGGGUACGGGCCCGACCUCACCGGCACCCACUGCCAGGACCUGGACGAGUGCAGCCAGUCCCCGAAGCCGUGCAACUUCCUCUGCAAGAACACGGAGGGAAGCUUCCUCUGCUCCUGCCCCCGGGGGUACUCCCUGCAGGAGGACGGGAAGACCUGCAAAGACCUGGACGAGUGCGCCACCAAGCAGCACAACUGCCAGUUCCUGUGCGUGAACGUGGUGGGCGGCUUCAACUGCAAGUGCCCGCCGGGCUUCACCCAGCACCACCACUCCUGCAUCGACAACAACGAGUGCACGGCCCAGCCCACCCUCUGCGGGGCCAAAGGUCACUGCCUCAACAGCCCCGGGAGCUACAGCUGCGAGUGCCAGAAGGGGUUCGCGCUCGACGGCGCCGGGAGCAGCUGCGAAGACGUGGACGAGUGCGAGGGCAACCACCGCUGCCAGCACGGCUGCCAGAACGUGUUGGGGGGCUACCGCUGCGGCUGCCCCCAGGGCUACGUCCAGCACUACCAGUGGAACCAGUGCGUGGAUGAGAACGAGUGCUCCGGCUCCUCGUCGUCCUCCUCGGUGUCGUCGUGCGGCUCGGCCUCGUGCUUCAACACGCUGGGCAGCUUCCGCUGCGUGUGCCCCUCGGGCUUUGACUUUGACCGGUCCUCGGGGGGCUGCCAGGACGUCAACGAGUGCGCCGCGGGGGCCGGGAGCGCCUGCAGCUACGGAUGCGCCAACACUCAGGGAGGCUUCCUCUGCGGGUGCCCCACGGGGUUCCUCCGCGCCGGACAGGGGCACUGCAUCUCGGGCCUGGGCUUCGGCAACGAGGGCUUUUCCCCGCCGCCCGUGUCCGAGGGUGAGGUCGCGGAGGAGGAGGAGGACGAGAACCUCUUGUCCCCGGAGGCCUGCUACGAGUGCAAGCUCAACGGGUUCCCCAAGAGGGGGCGCCACCGCCGCAGCCCCAACGCCACCCUCGCCCAACAGGACCGUGACGGGGACGUGGUGGAGACGGACGGCCUGAGCCUGUCCAGCCUGGACGUGGGCUCCCUGCUGGGUCUGCGUCUGAACCGGUCGGCCCUGUCACCCGGGGAGCCCUUGUUGGCGCUGCUGCCGGCGCUGUCCCCGCCGGAGGGCCACCUGCGCUACGUGGUCUCGGGGGCCGAGGGGGGGGAGGGGCUCUUCCGCAUCCGGGAGGGGGGCGACGGCCGCAGCCUCCUGCUCCUGGACCCCCUCCCGCCUCCCGGCACCUACCGCCUGGAGGUCUCCAGCCGGACCCUCUUCCGCCGACACCGGACCGGACUACGGGAUCAAGCCCCGGGAGCCCUGCGGCUGCGCCUGCGCGUCCAGCUCGUCUAGUCACCUCCGGACUGCUCCCGUCCAUAACUGCAUUAGGAAAUACUCCACGGGUUUUCCGGGCUGACUCGCCGCGUCCCGGUAGCAUUCUCUCCUGACGUUUCGCCUGCGUCUGUGGCCAACCCUAUGGUCAUCAUUCCACACUCAUCACAUUAGGAAAUACUCCAUGAUUUUUUUUAAUUUUUUUUGGGGGGCUGACUCACCAUGUCCCGGUAGCAUUCUCUCCUGACGUUUCGCCUGCACGUGUGGCCAAUGGCAUCUUCCCAACCUUUGGACAUCAUUCCACAGAUACAUAUACACUCCUCAUCACAUUAAGAAAUAUUCAAUGAUUUUUUUUCCAGUAGCAUUCUCUCCUGACGUUUCGCCUGCGUCUGUGGCCAACCCUAUGGUCAUCAUUCCACAGAUAUAUAUAUGCAUAUAUAUAUAUACACUCAUCACAUUAGGAAAUACUUCAUGAUUUUUUUUUUCCGGGCUGUCUCGCCAUGUCCCGGUAGCAUUCUCUCCUGACAUUUCACCUGCACGUGUGGCCAACGGCGUCUUGCCAACCCUGUGGACAUCAUUCCAUAUAUAUAUAUAUAUAUAUAUAUAUACACUCCACUUGCCUCAUUUCCAACAGACCAUCAGCCACAGAUGCAGGAGGAACAUCAGGAGAGAAUGCUACCGGGACACGGCGAGACAGCCCGGAAAAAAAAAAUCAUGGAGUAUUUCCUAAUGUGAUGACCUGUUGAAUGAUGACCAUAUAUAUAUAUACAUAUAUAUACUUGUGGUAUGACCACAGGAUUGGCCACAGUUGCAGGGGAAAUGUCAGGAAAGAAUGCUACCAAAAAACUCACAGCGACCCAGCGAUUCCGGUUGCGAAAGCCUUCGACAACAAAUAGUAGAGUAUACCUGUCUGCGUCGACGUUGUUGAUGUUUCUCGCGACCGUCAAAGGAAAUCCAUUAUAUCGGCGAGUCCAGACAGAGCCCAGAAAUGGUACCAUCCCAAUGUAAUAGGAAAUAUUCCCAAUGUAACAAGAAAUUCUUUGGGGCUGUUUUUUGGAGGCGUGUCCGUCUUCCCGUCCGUUAAAUAAGACUUGAAAAUCUAUACGAAACGUCCGCCUCGUCCUUGUACGGUGCUCCCCCCCCCUCUUUUUUAUAUUAUUAUUAUUAUUAUUAUUAUUAUUGAUAUUAAUAUUAUGAGUAACGACCACGGUAAUAUAAUCGCUUAGUCCCGGCGUGAGUGCGAGCGAGAGAGAGAAUGUGGUGCGAGAUGCGUGAGGUGUGGGUCGCGGCCCUUCCUCGCGGCCGAGUCUUCCCUUUUCCGGGGGGGAAACCGAGGAAGGCGGCCUCGUCCACGGCACUGAGACCCAGAACCCGAACCCGCUGCUCCUCUUUCCUCGUCUUGUUUUCGUUUUGUAAUUUUUUUUUUAUUAUUUGUACCGAGAGAAGCAGCAAUAAAUAUAUUUUGGGUUAAAAGC